CAGAGAAGAGUGGCGGUGGUUGCACUUUUUUGGUGACGAUCUGACAGAGACACCGUAAUCUGGUUUUUGUUCGAUGCUGGUACCAGCAAACCCUAACCCCUUCCUCGCCGUUUCACGGUGGGCCGGAACCCUAACCCUAAUACGCUACCGUCAAUCUCCAUGAACCUAAAUGGAAUCGGAGAAAAUCUUACUCUCCCGAGAAAAUCCUAGAAAUUUCUCCUCGUUUCCUUCCAACAAUACCGCCAGCAGUAGGGCCAUGCCCAAUGAGCUAGCUCAGAAGCCACAGCCGCCGAUAUUCGACCGAUUCAGAGCUCUGUUGAAGCAACGGGAGGAUGUGCUUAGGGUUUCUGCUGACGAGGACCUGCCACCGCCGAGCGCGGAGGAAAUUGUGCAACUGUAUGAGAUUGUAUUGGCAGAGCUCACCUUCAAUUCCAAGCCAAUAAUUACUGAUCUCACUAUCAUCGCCGGGGAGCAGCGCGAACAUGGUGAGGGCAUUGCUUAUGCUAUCUGCGCCCGAAUUUUUGAGGUUCCUGUUGAGCAGAAGCUGCCUUCUCUAUAUCUGUUGGACAGCAUUGUGAAGAACAUUGGCCGAGAAUAUGUUAGGUACUUCUCUUCCCGUUUGCCAGAGGUUUUCUGUGAGGCAUACACACAAGUUCACCCUAACCUGCGUCCUGCCAUGCGUCACCUCUUUGGUACUUGGUCAGCUGUGUUUCCACCCGCUGUCCUUAGUAAGAUUGAGGCUCAAUUGCAACUUUCUUCAUUAGUUAGUCAAAAACCUUCAGGUGUGACUUCCUUGCCAUCUUCUGAGUCACCCCGACCAAUGCAUGGCAUACAUGUCAAUCUAAAAUACUUGCGUCAGUUGGAACAACAGUCAGGUGCCGAUAUUAAUGUUCAACAUGUGAGAGAUACCUCUUCAAAUCUAAAAAUUUCUGGUCAGAGGCAAGCCAUUGGAUAUGAUGAGUUUAACCCUAAGCCUACAGAGAUUACAUCCUUGAAGGUUGGAACACGGAGAUUGAUCUCAGCAGGAAAUGCUAGUCGAACUUCUCUUUUGUCUGGGGCUAACAAGCUUCAUCUUUCUUCAGCUGCAAAAGUUCCAAGAACAUCAGAAGUUGGUGAAUUUGCUUCAGAUAGUCCUAAAAGAUUUGUUGAAGGGCCCUUUCCAUCUAAUGUUGCCUUUGACUAUGGACAUGGGAGAGGAUUGGUCAGAGAUGAAGAGACAAGGGAAGGGCGGAGAAAACACCACUCUGAUUACAGCCUGAGCAAUGGUCAUGGGCGUCAAAACCCCAGGGCUUUAAUUGAUGCAUAUGGCAGUGACCAAGGGAAAGGUCUUCCAAAUAAUAAGUCUCCACAGGUUGAAUGGCUGGAUGUAAAUGGUGUGGGAAAAGCUUCAAGAUCAUGGAAAAAUACUGAAGAGGAGGAGUUUGAUUGGGAAGAUAUGAGCCCAACUUUAGCGGAACAUGGUAGGAGCAAUGAUUUAUUGCCAUCGUCUGCUCCCCAUUUUGGAAGGGUUGGGUCUAGGCAUCGGUUGACUCAACUUGCAGGUUCCCGUUAUCCUCAAGAUGCUUGGAAUUUGCCACAUCAUGCAUCUCAGUCAUCUCACCAUCUACGUGGGGAAGGAAGUGGAAGGGAUUUUCAGAUGUCCAUUUCAGCUGGUGGUCUCACUUCAUUAGGGCUUGAGAAAAUGUCUUCUUUUGUUGACAAGCUCCCUGAUGCAGAUUUGCAACUUGUUAGACCCCCAAAUAUUGUAUCAAGAACUACCACUCAUGAUUCAGUUACCAUUGUUGGUGCUCAUCCUGCCAUCAUACCAUCAUCUGCUGGGGUUUGGCCUCCAGCAAAUGUUCAUAAAUCUCAGCCACCGCCCACACACUCUAUUUAUCCUUUACAGAAACCUAGGAGUCAAUUUGACUUAAUGAACCCUGGCAAUAGUUUACUGAAUCAGGGUCAAAGUAAGCCUUCAUAUUUGGCUGAGCAGCAAUUUGAUAGUUUUGAAAGCAAGGAGCAGAACUUUACCAGGCUUCCACACAUGCCAAAUCAACAUCCUGCUUUAUACCAGCAAAACCAUUUGCAAGCCACUCCUUUGCAGUCAGCUUCAUUACCACCUCACUUACUUGCGCCACCCUUGAGUCUUGGUUACUCUUCUCAAGGAUAUGGUGCUGUAAGCAGUAUGGUUCCAACAAAUCUAGUACCUGUUAUUCAAACACCUUUAACAAUCCAAAAUAUGCCAAUGACCUCAUUGCAUUUAUCAGGGAGAGCCCUGCCACCUCUCCCUCGUGGUCCACCUCUCUCAUCCCAAUUGAUUCCAAUCUCUCAGAAUGCAGUUCAAGGUCUCCCUAACCAACCACAGAGUGGUGCAUUUUCUGGUUUGAUUAGUUCUCUGGUGUCUCAAGGUUUGAUCUCAUUGACGAAUCCAACCCCGGUACAGGAUUCUGUGAGUGUGGAGUUUGAUGCAGAUCUCCUUAAGGUACGACACAAGUCUGUAAUAAAUUCUCUAUAUGAUGAUCUCCCAAGACAGUGCACAACAUGUGGCCUCCGAUUCAAAUUCCAAGAGGAGCACAGCAGUCAUAUGGAUUGGCAUGUGACUAAAAACCGGAUGUCAAAGAAUCGUAAGCAGAAACCUUCUCGCAAGUGGUUUGUGAGUGCUAGCAUGUGGCUUAGUGGUGCAGAAGCAUUGGGAACUGAUGCAGUUCCAGGCUUUUUGCCCAUGGAUACUACAGUUGAAAAGAAGGAUGAUGAAGAACUGGCAGUUCCUGCUGAUGAAGAGCAGACUGUAUGUGCUUUAUGUGGUGAACCAUUUGAGGAUUUUUAUAGUGAUGAGACUGAGGAAUGGAUGUAUAAAGGGGCUGUCUAUGCGAAUGCACCCACUGGAUCAACAGCAGGCAUGGAUAGAUCUCAGUUUGGUCCUAUAGUGCAUGCUAAAUGCAGGUCGGAAUCUAGUGUGGCUCCGCCCAAAGAGUUUGCACAUGAUGUAGGGGGAAAUACUGAAGAUGGUAGUCAGAGGAAAAGAAUGCGGAGUUAACCUUACUUAGAUCAGUUUCUAAGUCCUUGUAACUUAGUUUGAGUUACUUCAUCUUAGUGGUAUGCCCAUACUUACUUUCACAGUUAGCAUUCAUGCUUCAAGUAGCCUGGCAUCAUGCUAGAAGCAUGUACUUGUAUAGUUGAACUUGUACCAUGCACAAUAUCUUGGAGUGAAAAGGUUACAGAUUCACUUUCAGGCUUACAUCCUGCCUUCUUGGCACUCUUUAUUUCUUUCCAUCCAGAACAGCAAGAAAUUUUUACAAAAUGUGUCAGCAGACAGGGCUUGAAAAUGCUUGGAAUUUUCAUCUUCAAAGCUAUACAACGAUCUUUUGACCAUGUACAUUGAAUUGGUAGGCUAACUGCAGGAGUUUCUACAACAUAUACAUUUUUGUUAUUUUUUCCUUUAUUUUUUCUCUUUUGACCAUCUGCAGGGGGGUGAAGAGCUGUUUCAAUGCGCAGAGUUUGUUGAAAGACCCUCUUUGGCACAAAGCUCCAAUGACAUUACUGAUUACCAUGGUGCUAUUAAUGUCUUUCUCUUCUACUCAUCUGGGUAUUAGUUUUAAAGUGGAAGUGGUUUGUUCAGUGUUGUCUCCAGGAGCUAUAAUGAGCCAAUCAAUCUGUACUUGGAUUUAUAUAUCUGCUUAUUAUUAUAUAAAAGAGAGUUCAUUUCCAGUCAUUCUUUUUCCUUUCAAGA